UAAAACUUACAUAAUUAUUUUUAACAUUCAAGCCUUUAAAUAUGUCGUUUUGUUUGGUGAUAGUCUUUAUCAUUAGAUAACGUUCGUUCACCGUUACAUUUUAUGAUCCCAAGUAUUUAAAUAGAAAAACAAGUUCCGAUAGGCUCUUAACGAGUAACGAGAAUAUUUAUUUUGUUUUGACGGGAAAGAUCGUUUAGUAUUCUUAUUGCAAUUUUUCCGCGGAACAAGCAACUAUUGCACCGACGUAGUGAAAACCAUCCGUCAGUAAUGCAAUAACGAUGAUCUCGUGAAAUUUAAACAGAAAAAUCGCAUAAAAUUCCCCCGCUUCAUUUUUAUCUGUGCAAAAUAAAUAGGGACCAUGGAAAACGAGCCGGAAAGCAGGGUUAAGCACAAAGUAUGGAGGAAAUACUUCGGAUGGAUAGAAGAUAUAUCCGUGGAGCCCACAAUGUGGCUUUACAUGAUGGCGUACAUGGUGACCUCGGUUGUCGAGCAAGCACUUUUCGUUUACAAAUCCUGCCGCGUCGAUCACGGAUACUCCGAGGAGAUUUGCGCGAAACUGAACGACAAUAACACCAUAAAGGCCGAAGUCCAGACGACCGUAUCAAGUUUUCAUCAAUGGAACAAUAUAGCUGGCCACGUGGUGCCUAUAAUACUAGCUCUGUUUUUUGGGAACUGGAGCGAUCGGCGUGGACGAAAGAUGCUGCUCGUCCUGGGACUGAUCGGCAAAUUUAUUUAUUCUUUCAUGAUCGUGAUCAAUUCCAUGAUGGACACGUGGAAUCUGAACACCAUCGUGUACACAGCGAGUCUUCCAAUGGGAAUGUUGGGGGGCGACGUCGCCAUUUUUGGCAGCUGUUUCUCGUACAUAUCGGACGUGUCCUCGGUUCAGCAGAGAACCUUGAGGAUCACCAUUUUGGACGUCGUGUACCUUAGCACCAUGCCGACCGGCGUGGCUCUUGGAUCAUACCUUUUCACUAGCGUGGCCAAAUCAUCGUACACGAUUAUGUUUAUCAUAAACACAAGCCUGCUGGUUCUAGCCAUUCUGUACUCGCUGAUAAGACUGAAGUGGCAGACAUUGCCACAACAACUCCCGCUUUCGGGCAGCAAUUUUUUAACGGACUUCUUCGAUAAGGAACACGUGGUCGAGACUAUGAAAACGCUGACGAAAAAAAGGCUGAAUAAUGGAAAGCUUCAUCUGUGGCUAUUCUUGCUGAUCAUGAUGCUCUAUACGUUCCAAAGGGACGAAAAGCCCAUGAGUUAUCUCUACACCCAGCUGGAAUUCAAAUGGGACGUUACCAAGUUCAGCAAUUUCCGAACAUUCCAAUCGACCACCUUCGUGAUAGCGAUGCUAAUCGGAGUUCCAGUGAUGAGCAAAUGGAUGGGAAUGAAGGACACCAUAAUCGUGAUGAUCGGAGCGAUUGCACACGCCGCCGGAAGAGUAAUAUUCGCGAUGACGAAAAUACCAGAAUUGUUUUACGUUGGCGCUGCUGUUGCUGCGUUGGGUCCAGUGGUCGCGCCAGUUCUGAGAUCGAUGACCUCUAAACUCGUUUCCGUGGAAGAACGCGGAAAAGUAUUCGCAAUGUUGUCUGUUUGCGACAACGCCGUGCCGUUAUUCAGCGGUAUACUGUAUUCACAGCUUUACAACGCGACCAUAAACUCGAUGCCCAGCUCGAUCUACUGGCUGACGUUCGCCACUCAAAUCUUAGUGUUCUUUUUCGUUCUGAUAAUUCACUAUUCUGUGAGAAAUGAGCAGUAUUUGGAGCACGAGGACUACACUGGCGGUAAUACUGGGAGCUUGUCCUCGUCCUCGUCCUUGUCUUCUUUAAAAUAUAGCACAGCCACUAAGCACGAUAAACAAUAGCGUUGGAAAAUCACGACGCGUAUAGUUUAAUUACAAAUUUCAGGGUGAAAUUACUGUUUGAUAGAAAUGCUCGAAGGUGGCGAAGGGGAGGGGGACUGCUAACAAAAGGAAGAUUUUCAUACUCUGUUGUUAUAGUUCGUUGCCUGCAGUUCGUCCUCCCUGCGUCCGCCAUUUUUUCAAGUACUGUUAACGAUUUUUUGUACCUCAGUGCCUAGGUAUUUAGGUUUUUAAUGAAAUAUAUACAUGCU